GGACGCCCCCUUCCAGGAGGACGAUGAGAGUCGACAGCGUUGGCUGCAAGGGAAGCAUGCGGUAUGGGAAUGGGUGCGUCAGGGGCAGGAGGUGGGAGUGCGAGGCAAGGGGCAGUACAAGUUGUGUUGCACGUUGUGCAACCACAUCUGGGUUGGGGCGCGGACGAAGGCAGAGGACCACUUCACCCGCCCGGCUGCGCACUGCACAUUUCGUACAGGAGAGAUUUUGUACAAGUUAAUGAGAGACGGGGUCUCCAUCACGGACCCCGUGGGGAGGGCUAUGGCAGAGAGGCACAUGGACGUCAGGACUUGCGGAGAGUCAAUGAGGCGGUCGCCCCUGCUGCACGCAUGGCAGAUGACUGGGCUGCUGACCACGGAGAGGAGUCGGGAGGCCGAGGGGCGGAUCCCCCCAUGACGGACGAGGGACGGGUUGGUGGUGUGUGCGCAGAGGACGAGCUCACUAUGCUACGAGAGAGGAUACGAGUCCUCGAGGCGGGGCGACGGCCGAACCGAUCGAAAAGUACUUUACGACAGUGUUCGAGGCUGAGGGUGGACAUGAUGUGGCUGAGGACGGAGGGCACAUCUGGCCCAUCAGGCGUCGUUGUGCCCCAUGAUCGCGGAAUGCUGCAGACAAGGUUGGAUAGUUGGGCCAGUGGAGGGUUGCAGCAGCAGUACGAGAGGUGGUGGGCGAGAGCAUUGUUCAGGGCUGGGGUGCCUUUCUCGUUCAUGCGCCUCGAGAUCAUGCAGGAGCUGCAUGGCUUUAUGGUGUCAUUGAUGAGGGUGACGAUUGGGCCAGCUUUGGUCCUGCCCUCAUACAAUGACAUGCGCACAUGGCUCCUAGAUGAGAUCUACCACGAGAUUGCGGAGAGAGUUGCGCUGAAGAAGGUGAAAUGGAAGCUCACAGGGUGUACCAGGAUGACGGAUGGGGCUACAACGAGGUCGUACAAGCCCGUCGUCAACUUCAUUGCAGCAGGCGAGGACGGGCCAGUCUUGAUCACCACCAUCGACAUGUCGGAGAGGGACAAGACUGGUGUGGCACUGGUGGAUUUGUGGGAGGAGGUGAUCCAGGAUAUUGGCAUUGACGUUGUUAAUGCGUAUUGCACUGACAAUGCUUACGCCAAUAAGGUGGCUGCACAGCGGUUGCAGGACCAUCCGGACAACGCCAUCUCUCGGAUCCCUUGGCUCCCCUGUGCGGCCCAUUGCUUGAGUCUCCUCCUUCGAGACAUCACGUGCUUCCAGUGGGUGCGCCCUAUCUUGAAGAACACACACAAGGUUGUGAUGUUCUUCAAGAACAUUCAGAAGGCCCUCACGUAUCAUCGCUCCUUUAAGGGCCGAGGGCAGCUAGAGCUGAUCCGACCAUGUGACACACGGUUCGGGUCAGCAUACCAGAUGGUGGAGCGCCUCACUGAUCAGGAGCGUAUAUUGAGGGCUGUUGUGGGCAGUGUGAAAUGGCGGUCCACCCCGUGGAAGGGGAAGGCAGCCCAGGAUGAGCGCCCCGUUCGACAGCUUGUGCUGUCCGAGUUGUUUUGGGAGAGUGCGCACCGCAUACAUGAAGCCGGCCUUCUGCGAGUUCAGUCGGGUCCCUGGAGGGGGUUCGUGGAUGUUUGGGAGGAUAUGGUGGAGGAUCCGCAGGAGCUACAGGUCGGCGCUGCCUCUGAGGCGGUGUAUGACGAUGGCAUGACGAUACCCGAGGAGGUGGAGGCAAAGAUGCGCAGUCGGCACAAGGAAGGGGGGGAUCGUGCUAGUGCACGACUGUUGCAGGGGAGGGACUACGAGGAUGAGGACGCCGAGGACGUUAUUUACGAGCCGGAUGAUGUCUGGGAAGGGAAGGACAUGAUCGAGGAGAUUGCGGCAGCAAGGAAGGGGAAGGAGGUAGUGCGUGAUGACCCUCUCGUCUCUCGUGUGUGGGACAGACCGGAUGAGGGGAGUGCAGGGGUUCAGCAGGACUAUCGUGUGGAUACGGGCUUUCGUGCGACCACCUUCGACGGCGAGGCAGGCUCUAGCGAAGAUAACACAAUGGUAGGAUUGACACGCACGGCGGAGGUGGUAGUGGCCCCCCCAGCUACUCCAUCGUUUGGUAUGCUAUUUGUUGUUGGGGCAGGAGCGGAGCAUUGUGGCGCCCCUAUCCCGGGACCUGUAGCACAACAGCCAUGUCUAGCUGUUGAGGAGCAGAGGAGCGCUCCUGUUACCGAGGAGCGUGACACACACGCCACUGUUUUAGAGCAGCCGCAUCCCGUUGUCGAGGAUCAGGUGACAGCUCCCACUGCGGAGGAGUUGGAGGCCGCUACCGUCAUCUCCGAGGAGCAGACCAGGUUCGACGGCAGAGCCCGAGAGACAGAGGGUGUUCCCACAUCGUUGUCGUCCCCAACACGCCAUGUCCCAUCUGCGUGUACGGAAACAAAUGAUACCACCCUUGCGCCCUUCCAUUCAGAGGUGCCCCUUACUAUCGAGGAGGUUGUGGCUGGACAUCACAUUGGGCACCCGUGUGUGAUGGAGACAGCCACACACACGACUAUUACACAGCAGGAGGGAGCUGUCACGGACGAGAGUCGAGGAGGUUGCUCCCACAUCGCUAGAGGCCCCUCGUACAUUUGAGAGCACGGAGCCACACACGGCGACGACGACGAUGAUUGGAGGAGUCCCGGAGCUGGGACGACUUCCGCUGCACUCCGGCCCGUGUCAUUCUAUA